AUGAAGGUCUUGCAAGAUGCCCUGCGUCAUCUGCUGCUAGACACAGGCCUUGUGCCCCUGGAUGUGUCUACAGAAGCCGCUGUCCUCUCUGCAAAAGCGAUUUCCCUGAAAGCGUUCCAGUCAGAGCCCUUGUUUUUAUGGUACGACUACUUCUCCUGCCCGCAGUUGGAGCACUCCGCACGUGGGAGUGGCCCCAACAAUCGGAGCAAGGCCAUACAGAGUAUUCCUGCCUAUAUUGCCAAAUGCCAUUUCUUUUUUGGCCUGGUUCCAUUCAUCGAGGACUCUGUGCUGUCGCCGAGUAGCUGGGGGCAGCGCGGGUGGUGCCGCAUGGAAAGAGUCGUGCGAGAGAUCUCCGCACAGGCAUUUUUUGGAGUGGAGGACGACCGCGAGAAGCUCGGUCCCUCUGUAGAGGACCUCGUGCCCGGCUUUGACGCCAGCUAUGCUCCCGACCUGCAAGCGUACGUGGUUGCCAAGUUCUUGCACCAGAACGGCCUGCGUUCCGUGCGGGAAGUCGAUGGGGCAGGAUGGACAGCCCUACAUUAUGCCGCCCUUGGGGGGAACUCGGAGCUGAUUGCGGGCUUGCUGCAGCAGCGUGCGGAACCUAAUCGGCGAACCGCCAAGGAUGAGCCCAACCUAGGAGUUGCGAUCUGGACGUCAGCUCUGGACCUUGCCGUGAUUUAUGGGAACAACGACGGAGCCCGCAUGCUCAUUCAAGCCGGCGCCCGACUGAAAGGUCUGCUCGGCCCAGUCAUGCACAGUGCAGCUGUUUCGGACAACGAUGAAGGAAUUGGACUGCUGUGUGCUGCUGGCGGAGAUCCACAUGGCCGAUCCCUCUUCGGCGCUCCGGCUCUGGCAAUCGCCUGCUAUUUUGGAGCGGUAGCCGCCCGGGAGGAGCUCCUUGCCCAUGCAGAAUUUGAUGCCCCCACGCUCUCCUAUGCGUUGUUCCUGGGCAUGGUGUUUCGUGGAGGUACCGCCGAGAGCGUGCACCGCCUUGUCGCCCUCCGUGCCGAUGUCGACUUCCAGUGGAGGCUGAGUUGCCUAUCCCCGUUAGGCUUUAUUUUCAGAAUGAAGUCAGCUCAGCACCGGCUGGGCAAACCCACCUUGCUGUCAGAACUUGCUUUUCACUUCAAUGGCAUGACGCCGCUCAUGGCCGCCGUGUUCUCCGCGCAAUACGAAGGCGCCGCUGGCUUGAUCGCGGCAGGUGCAAGGUUGGACCUGACAAACUGCAGGGGCUGGAUUGCUGCCGAUUUCGCCAGGGGACGCACUCUGCCUAAGUUUUUGAUGCAGGGGUUGGCAGGCGACCGCUCCGAGUGCCAAAGAGUGACCAGGCUGGUACUGUCUGUAGGCGCUGGCGCCUAUGUAGAGUGUAAGGUUUAG